AUGGCCGCCUCAAUGCCCUGCAAAGAUUGCGCCUCCGGCGUCCUUCACGAAGGGACUCCGUCCGGCCGAGAGGAGACGAUGCACGGCUUCAAGACCUACGUGACCGAUCCCCCCUCGGGCGAGGCCGCCAAGGGCAUCGUGGUCAUCAUACCCGACGUCUUCGGCUGGACCCUCAACAACUCGCGCGUGCUGGCCGAUCGCUACGCGGAGAGGGGGGCGUACACGGUGUACCUGCCCGACUUCAUGGACGGAUACGUGAUGGACCCGCAGCUCCUGUCGACCAUCUCCACCGUCACCGACGCCGGGACGCCCGUCCUCCACAAGAUCUUCCCGGGCCUGCGGGCCAUGACGCACAUGCCCUUUGCCCUCUACCACUGCCGCGCCUCCGUCUGCAAGCCUCGGAUCUUCGCCUUCUUCGCCGCCCUCCGCUCGUCCACCUCCCUGCCCGUGGGCGCCGCCGGGUUCUGUUGGGGCGGGAAGUAUGUCACGCUGCUCUGUCAGGACAGCGAGAAAACAUCGUCCGGCAAGCCGUUGCUGGAUUGCGGCUUCACCGCACAUCCCAGCCAAUUGGUGUUGCCGACGGAUAUCGAAGCGGUAAAGCUGCCGCUGUGUAUUAGUAAUGGGUCGGAGGAUUUUCAGCUCAAGCCCGAGGGAAACGAGAUGAUCGAGGAGAUCUUUGCGAGGAAGGAACUGGAGUUGAAUCCCGAUGGGAAAAGGGGGAAGAUGUUCGAGAUGAAUGUAGUGGAGGGUGCGAGGCAUGGAUUUGCCAUUCGUGGGAACCCAGGAGACGAAGACGAGAAGAGGCGCGGGCAGAUGGCAGAGGACCAAGCUGUUGAUUUCUUUGGGAGAUGGUUGGUACCAAAUUAG